UUACCGCGUCACAUCCUGAAAGUGAGUGAGGGAUAGGUCACGUGACGGAGAUUCGGCGCUCUCCUUCUCCGACUACUUUUGAAUUUAAAAUAUAAUUAAACACCUCGAUUCAUAUGGACGGGCACCGGGGCUUUCUGAAAGAUGGUCGUAGGUCGGCUCUCGACCGAUGCUCCGCGACGCGUCAUCUGCGGCGCGUCGGGAACAUUUCCGAACGCAAAAUCGAGUGUUUUGUGGGCUGCAGCGUCACGUGACCAGCACGCGCCUCGGGUAAAGAUGGCGCCUGGCGGUUAGAAAACAAGCAGCGCGAGCAGCGGCGACAUCCUUCACUCCGCCGCGACGCUUGGGAUCCAUAGAAACAGUGUUGAACGAUGGAUCCUGGACAAGAUUUGCUUCUGGCUGCUCUUAGUGAAAGUGGAAUCUGUCCUAAUGAUCUUUUUGAUGUUGACCCUCAGGACACACUUCCACUCCCUGCUCCACAACAGUCAGUCUCAUUAAAUGCACUUGACAUCGGUCUCAGUAAUGAAGCUUCUGGAAUUGUCAGGAUUGAACCUACAGUAUCACCUAGUCCUACAGUCACAAUCAGGGAGAAGCCCCAGCCCUCAACAACCAGCUUCGUUUUAAAUCAACUGAAUCAGUUGCCAUCACUGGGUACAAUUGUAGUCACCAAACCCUCAGCCGGGACCACAUCCAGGCAGACCAUCACAGUAACCAAGGUCGUACACACCAGUUCGACAGCACAACGGAGCUCUUCAUCCUCUCCCACCGUUUGCACUGUGGUCCCACCGAAUAAUGAACAGAUCAGGUUGAAGGACCUUCUCAGAACCAGCAACCUGAAGACAAGCAGCCUUGGAGAGCUUAUGAAGUUGAAGCCCCCACCAGACAUAGCGCAACCUGUUGCUACGGCAACAGCCACAGGCACAAAAAUUAUUCUGAUCUCCACAAAGAUGGUGAACAGAUCAGCGGAAUUAAACAAUGGCUUGAAAAAGGAAGUGUCCAGCAAAGAUGUAGCAAGAAUCUGGGUCAACGAUGACAUGAAAAUGCGGAGCUUCUCACCUGUGAAUAAAUUACCAGGAAUGAAGGAGGAAGAGGAACCAGAGGAAGAGGAAGAGGAGGAGCUGGGUCAUGCAGAGACGUAUGCAGAAUACAUGCCAAUGAAACUGAGAAUUGGACUGCGGCACCCUGAUCCUGUGGUGGAGACCAGCUCUCUGUCCAGUGUCAACCCACCAGAUGUGUGGUACCGGCUUUCCAUUCCAGAGGAGACCAUCGAUAGAGGCUGGUUAUCUGCCCUACAGCUUGAGGCAGUCACGUAUGCUGCUCAGCAACAUGAGACAUUCCUACCAAAUGGAGACAGAGCAGCCUACUUGAUUGGAGACGGGGCCGGCGUUGGAAAGGGUAGAACCAUUGCUGGAAUCAUAUAUGAAAAUUAUCUUCUUGGCAGGAAAAGGUCCCUCUGGUUUAGUGUCUCAAAUGACUUGAAAUACGAUGCAGAGAGGGACUUGAGAGACAUUGGAGCAAAGAAUAUUCAGGUCCAUUCGCUAAACAAGAUUAAAUAUGGAAAGAUCUCAUCGAAACACAAUGGGAGUGUGAAAAAAGGUGUGAUCUUUGCCACAUACUCAUCCUGA